CUUACACAAGGAACUUCACCGCCCCUAUAAAACGGUCUCCUUCUUCAUCUGGUUAACUUACCAUCACAACAUCAAAUUCUUCCAGCAUGGAGGAGCCAUAUAUACUUCAUAUGGAGAUACUGGGCUUUGAAAGGAGAUUCUUUCCGAGCCAACAUUACGUGUACAUGUUCUUAGUGAAAUGGAGUGAUCUGUCAGAGAAACUGGUCUACAGGAAAUAUCCAGAAAUGUACACGUUACACAAAACCCUGAAGGAAAUGUUUCCCAUAGAGGCUGGAGACAUUGAUGCCGAAGACAGGAUCAUACCGUCUCUGCCUGCACCAAAAUGGUUCGACAACCAGAAAAGUACAGAGAGCCGGCAGGGCACGCUAGCCGAGUACUGUCAGGCCGUCAUCAACCUGCCGCCCAAGAUCUCCCGCUGUCAGCUGCUGUAUGACUUCUUUCACGUUAGACCUGACGAUGAAGUCCCGCCCUCUGCACACCCGAUUAAAAGAAAUGAAACAUACCUGAUGCAACGGGGCAGGUCAAGAUCCAACACAUCUGAGAUUACCGGCCCCAUCAUCCUGGAGACAUACCGGGCAAUAGCAGAUUACACCAAGAGCUCGAGGUAUGAGCUCAGCCUAACUGUUGGAGACCUGAUGGACAUCGUGGAGAAAAAUCCCAAUGGGUGGUGGUUCUGUCAGUGUGAGUCCCGUCGUGGCUGGAUCCCCGCGUCCUACCUGGAGCCCAUGGAGGGGCCCGAUGAGGGGGAGGAGCCAGACCCCAACUAUGAGGGAGAACUGUACGUAACCAUUAAGGGCUAUACUGCUACUGAAGAUGACGAGUUGACUCUUGAAUCAGGAGAGAUAAUUGAGGUCAUCCACAAGUUGCUGGAUGGCUGGUGGGUGGUCAGGAAAGGAGAGGAGACGGGACAUUACCCUUCAAUGUUCCUGCGCAAAAGUGGACUGAAGAAAGAGUCUUACACUAACGGGAAUGAAACUAUGAGGGGUACACCACCCCCCAGGAGAUCAACAAUUCGCAAUGCCCAAAGCAUCCAUGCCAGAGGGCGCAAUCGCAUCACCCAGGACGUCUACAGGAGGAACAGCCGGCGCUACCUUCAGCAACGUGGCCCACGCUCUGUGCUGGCCCAGGAAGCAGCCAGCAGCUCAGCCAUUUCAGAGACGAUCAGUGAGAAGUCUGAAGAGAGCGAUCCAAGCCCCAUUCCAGAGCCAAAGGGACAGAUCCCAGCCAUUCCACCCCGUCCCAGUCCAGAACUCAUCCUGGAGCGCUGUACAUCAGGCACUUGCAAGAAGGUCGUCAUCCAGAGCACCGGCUAAAAGAGCAGUGUGUCCCCUGCUAACAGAAUCGUCGUAAAGGACACUGCAGAGUUGCCUAUGAACUUUCAAGUUUGUUAGUGUGCUUGUUUACUGGAUUAGCUGCAGUAAUACUAUGUAAACUAUGGUUAUUAUUAAUACAUGCUUUCUGGCUUUAUUUUUAAGUAUUAUAUGCUGUUAAAUGGGUAGUGUUUUAUAUGAAAUGUUAUCUUUUAUAUGAAAUUGUUAUAUAUGCUACUAUUCCUGUUAAAUGAUCUGAGUAAUCACUUAUAUCUUAAGCAUUGUUUUGUGUUUUUCUUAACAGGAUAUACUUGUGUAUAUCGGGGUUGUAAAUUAAAUACAUCUUGCAUUAUUUUAUA